CAGCUGUUGUGGCCAAGAUGGCGCUCAACCUGACGGAGCCGGAGGUUCCUCUGGACACCGACCGAGCCGGGGACCCGGGAGAAUGUGCCCUUCGGCGCUGCAGAGGAAGACCCCGGCUCACGGACACGGACCGGGCCCAGAGGCGUCUCGAGUCCCGGAAGAAGUACGACGUCCGGAGGGUUUAUCUGGGGGAGUCCCACAAGCUGUGGAGCGAGCUCCGCAGACGGACCCGACUCAGUGACGCGGGGCUGGCGGAGUAUCUGAUCCUGCUCGACUCCACGUGUGGGGACAAGUACCAGGAGACACACCGCGGGAAGAAGAUUGUUCCAGAAGUCUCAGUGAAACAGAAGAAAGGCAGGAAGCUCUGUGUGUCCAGCCUGCAGAGCCUGGUGUGCUGGUACCAGGAGCACUCCCACUCCUGCCCUCACGAGCCCCAGCUCAAGACUCUGGAGCUGCAGCCCAACUUCUCCACCGCCGCCGCCUGGCAGUGUGACGCCCACCACUCCUUUGUGCAGUACCUCUUCUCACCACCGAGGGAGGCAAGUGACUCUGAACGAGAGGAGGAGGUGAACGAGGAGGAGGUGAACGAGGAGGAGGAGGAUGAGAACACGACGAGAACAGAUUCGCCCUCGGCUAAAAGCGCAGUGAGCAGGAGGAGAAGAAAAGAGACUCUCAAACUAUUCAAAGAUGUGGGAGAAAACCAGGAUGUUUCUGAGGAGCAGCAAACAUACAUGUGCCCGAUCGAAGAGGCUGAUUCUCUGAACCACCAGCCCAGACUCGAGGCUUCUUCCAGGGAUGUCCCGCUGAUGGAACAGCCUGUGUGGCAGAUGGAGAUGGAGGAACAGCCGGGGUCCCCCCCUGCAGCGUUUGUCUCCAUCUCCUCAGAAGAGGAGGCCGAGGAUCUGAGGCAAAGCAGAGACGGAGAGGAAGGAGAGAAACUCAUAGAAGAGGAGAUCAGGACUGUACCACUUAAUUAUAAACUGGAGAAGACGGACGAGGACUCUGUGCUGUCUCAGGGCUUGAGCAGCCCCGUGGAGCUGUCCGUCCAAUCAGGCCCUUCCGUGCAGGUCCAGGAGCAGAGUGACCUGUUCCCCCCCCACCCUCUGGUGACCAGCUGUGAGGUCCCCGACCAGAGGACGGCUCUGGACGGCUCCCAGUUAAUUAUAAUCACUGGGCCCAGCUACGAGGCCCUGGCGUCAGAGGGCAUCCAGCUCAGCAUGGGCGGAGGAACCGUGGAGGAGGUCACCUGCACGGUCAUCGGGGGCGUCACUUACAACCAGGUGUGCUCCUGUGACUCUAAACUCACCACAGCAGAGGACGAGGACUCCAUGACAGGUCUGAGUGACAAACAGCUGCUGCAGCCGGUGGACGCUCUGGAACUCAGUGGUGACAGAGAGCGUCAAAGGAAUCUGAGCAGUGUCCGGUCAAAGAGGAACAGACGAGGCCCGGUGAUCGAGGCCGACGGGAUGCUCAAGAUGUUCCACUGCCCGUACGAGGGCUGCAGUCAGGUCUACGUGGCGAUCAGCAGCUUCCAGAAUCAUGUGAACCUGGUGCACAGGAAAGGGAGGACCAAGGUUUGCCCCCAUCCAGGCUGUGGGAAGAAGUUCUACCUGUCGAACCACCUGCACCGCCACAUGAUCAUCCACUCAGGGGUGAGAGACUUCAUCUGUGAGACCUGUGGAAAAUCCUUUAAGCGAAAGAAUCACCUGGAGGUUCACCGGCGGACGCACACGGGAGAAACGCCGCUUCAAUGUGAGAUCUGUGGCUACCAGUGUCGCCAGCGUGCGUCCCUGAACUGGCACAUGAAGAAACACACUCCAGAGGCUCACUACAACUUCACCUGUGAGUUCUGUGACAAGAGGUUCGAGAAGCUGGACAGUGUCAAGUUCCACAAGCUGAAGAGCCACCCUGACAAGCAGGCCACCUGAGACGCUGGAGCAGGCGCCGCUGACAAGGAGCUGAGCAGGUUCUCCCUCACGAGCCGGAGGACGACUUCCAGGUUGGACAGAGACGUUCCUCCUGGUCGUGGUUGUGUUGCGUCUCUCGUCCAGGAAGUCCAGGAGUUGCCCGUGGACACACAGACAGUGGACGAGCCGCUCGGACUGCUGUGCAGGAAACAGCCAGAGAGAAAACCUUAAUCCACUGUUCCUGAAUAAUGAUCAUCUAAUCUGAGUUACUCAACCAUGACUGGGCUCGGCAGCUCGGUCAAGCGUUGGGUUUCUCUUCAUCCUGACGGGAACGACUGUGCUGAGGCUGCAGCCGCAGAUUUUAAUUUGAAAAGACGCUGAGGAUACUCCCGUCCACACUGCUGUGGAGUGGAGACGCUGCUGCUUGAUUUUUAUCUUAAAAGUCUGGACGACAGAACCAGUUUGGAAACGAUGAGGUAGACGCUCACAGCCGGUUGCUGAUUGGAUCUUUACGGUCACAACGUGGCCUCCGCUGAUUCGUCAGGCUCCCGUCACAUGACCCCCUUCUGAAAGAAAGCCCACCGGCGACCAGAGGACAACACAACGUGGAGUGUUACUGACCCAGUUGUCUUUAUCUACACUGAUACAACUGUUAACAUGUAUUGUUGGAGCAAACUGACACUAACAACCAAAUGCUCUCUGUGCACACGCAUGAUGAUCCAGUUAGAAACAGUUUGCCAUGCUACAGACAUUAGCAUGGCUGGCAAACCAGUUUAAGGGCGGUGGUACUUUCUAAGUUGUUGUGGGUUUACCAACACAUCCAGCAUUUAAAAGUUAGUUACUGUUUUUGGGAGCUGGUCUGAUAUCAGUUUGGCAGCAUGAGCUACUCUGCCUUGCUCCUUCCUGGACAACAAAGCCUGAUCUUAUCGGAGGUGGCAUUACGCUCGUUAAACACAAUGGUCAACGGUUAAAACCCUUCUUAUGAAGCCAUUUUCUUUCCAUGACACUAACGUGGAGCAAAGUCACGUUGGAACAAAGCAACAUUCUAAUCUUACAUAUUUCCUUUAUCAGAUCUUAAACACUAGAAGCUCUCAGCUGCGAUACAGGAUUAUUUAAACAGUUUCUUUGUUCCCACGUUUACACAUGAGGCUUUUUGCCUUGGACUCGCUGCUUUACCCUUCUUGUGGCCUUUUGGUAAAACACGGUUUCAGCAGUGUGUGGAGCUGAUAUGACAUGGCUGGUUGAUUGCAUGUUCUUCCCGUGUUAACGUGGGUUUCCUCCAGCUUCGUCCCACAGUCUAAAGACUUGAGACUCUAAAUUAACAGACAGAAGGACGGCCUGAUGACAUCGUGACAGGACCUUGAACACCUCAGCAGAAUCGAUGGUCUCCAGCUUGGAUGAGGAACAGUCUCUUUUCUACCUCUGUCUGAAAUCAACAUCCACUGAUUCCAAGAUGAUUUAACGUUUGACAACGAAUGUUUUUUUCCGUUUAAGGAAAAAAACAAUCGUUGACCUUGAAAACCAGUAGAAUAGUCCUUUAGCGAUAAAGCUUGAUUUAAAUAUGAAUGCUCGACCCUUUAAUACACAACCAAGACAGAUUAUUGAUGACAAGCAGUGUGGUGAGUGAAGAUCUCACUACUCACAGAGUGUGUGUGUUGAAUACAUUAAACACACACUCUUGUGCUCGUAGUGACACAGAUGUCGGCUCUUUCAUUUCAGUCAUUCAAAUGUGAGCAUCUGUUGUGUGGGACAUGCUUCUCCAUCUUGCAUCUCGGGCCUGACUCACAGGAGCAGGAGAUGAAUCCUGUAACUUUCAUGUGACAGUUUCUCAGGAAGAUUCACCUCUUGUGUCCCGUCUGUUUUCCAGCUCCUCACUAAACCCACUCACCCUGAUGAAUCACUAAAAUAUAUGAAAAUGA